AUGACUCCUGAAUAUCAUUCGAAAGGAUCUUCUUCCUCCUCAUCCACAAAAUCGUUCAACUUCUUUGUCAAGGAUCCAAAGGUUAAAAUCACCACCAUCACUACCACCACAACCACAACCACGGCCACAACCAAAGGUUCAUCUUGUUCUCCAACCAAGCAAACAUCAUGUCAUUCCACCACCACAACACCAUCAACGACCAAUGAUCAUUCGUCGGGUGAAUCCAAAGUCUCUCAUUCGGGUAUCCAAUUCCAAGAAGAAGAAGAAACCAAUCUUGGAAAGAAUAGCAACAAGGUACAAACGAGAAGAGUUGGACAACAUCAUCUCUCGCAUUGGUUUUUCAAAAAACAAGAGACAAGUCAGAAAAGGAAGAAGAAAACUCGACGAGGUGAGGAGAAUGAUGAUGAUGAUGCAUUAACAAUGAAGACCUCCUUGACUAACACUCAACAUGGAACAAAACAAGAAGAAGAAUUGAUCACAAAAAAGGUGAAGGGAAUUUCAAAACCACACAACAUGAAAGACACACACAAGAAGAUGACAUUGGCAUCCUCUCUGAAUCAUCGAUCGAUACCUUCUUUGGAAACACCAUGUUCUCAAUCCAACUCUUCAAAUUAUUGUUGUUUCUACUAUGAAGGAAAUCAAGUGGCAAUUCAUAACAGAAAGAAGAAAUUAUUUUCUGAUAAUCAUCCGAGUGAGAACAAUGAUGAUGGUUGUUUUAGAAAUGUUUCAUCUCAGGUUGAACGUCCAAGUAGUAAUACUGACUUGUCAAUAUUGUCACCUUACACUCGACCAAGUUGUAUUCAUCCUGUUACCAGUGUGGCUAUCACACAAGUGUCUUCCUCAAGUUUGUUGCAAACUCAAUCUCCUCCAUUGCCAUCUGCGUUUUUAAGGUUAACCUCAAAUCAGAAUGUGAAUACUCCAUACAACAACAACAACAGAGGAGCAAGUGAUCAAAGUGAUUAUCCUCCUUCGAUGACACAAUAUCAUUAUUCAACUGCAUCGAGUCCAUCUCCACCACUCAUGAGUGACCCAUAUAAAUAUAACAAUGUCAAUCAUCCAAGAGGUCGUUCAGCAUCAAGCUUGCUACUGAAACAGUAUCCAGAAGAGCGUACCAUAGCGUCACAAAAGUUCAUGCACAACACUGAUCCACAUCCGAAAAUGAUGACAAGAGAAACGUUACCUCCUUUGCAUAUUCUGUUAUCAGAGCCUCCUAAGGCAUAUCCUUUGCCUUCAUUGUCGCGUUUGUUGAAUGACAAACCAAGUUGGCAUUGA